AUGUCGGAUUUUCCUUCUAACGUCAGUACAACUUCUACUGAAGGGACUACUAGCACAAUGGAGAACGCAAAGAACGCAGUUUAUGACAAUGCAUCUGCAGCAGCCAACGCAGUAGGAAACCAUCCUUUGACCCAAAGUGUGGUAAAUGGCCCAUUGGCAGAUAACGUGCGAGAUCAAUCUGCAAAGACCCAAGUCGAAUUCUCGAAUCUCGCAAACUCCCGCACCACUCCUGCCACUCCAGCAGCCAAUGGCCAACAACUUACCCAUUACCAUUCCUUCUUCUCGAGCUUGUUAUCAUGGGACAAUCCUCGUGCCUCCGGAAUUGCAUACCUCUCAACCGUGGCAUUCAUUCUCGCAUCCCGAUAUCUUGACAUUUUAAGAUACUCAUUCAAGGUCACUUACAUGGCUUUGUUUGUGACCGUUCUCGCAGAAGGUCUCGGAAAAGUACUCUUUUCGCAUGGUCUUGCCUCUCAAUUUAGACCAAAGAGAUACUACACCAUCUCGAAAACUACUCUCGAUAACUUACUGGGCGACGUUCAUGAGCUUAUCAAUUUCUUCGUCAUUGAGUCUCAACGUAUUCUCUUCGCUGAGAAUAUGUUUGCCUCUCUCGCUGCUUUCUUUGGAUCUUUCCUCUCCUACUAUUUAAUCAAGCUUAUGCCAUUCUGGGGUCUUUCUCUUAUCGCCACCUCCGUUCUCUUUGUUUGCCCUCUUGUCUACAAGACCAACAAGGAGUUCAUCGACUACCACAUUGCUCAUGCUUCCAGCGUUGUUAACCAACAAACUGAACAAGUUAAGCAACUCGCCAGUCAACACGCCGCUCAAGUUGCCGAGACCACCAAGCAAUAUGCUGGAGAAUAUGCCCACAAAGCACAAGAGAUGAUUGGAAAUGCUAGAAGCCGCUCCGGAUCCCCAGAAGCUAGCAGGGUUACCUCACCAACACUAAAGACAAAUGGUAUCAAGGAGGAGGAUUUCCCACUAGCUCCAAGGGAAGAGUUCAAGGUUGCACUCGCUCCUGAGGAAGAGCCACUCAUUGCUGCAUAA